CUCACUUCAGUGUGAGUUCUAGGGAGCCUGCAUACAGAGACACUUCAAGUGCAAGGAAUGCCCUUGUUAUUUGCUCGCUUGCCCCCCAACAUGGAGCAUGACUGGGUCUGAGUCCAUCCUCAAGUAGAUCGAUCACUCCACAAGGCUUCACUUUUUAUUGGUGGAGUCUGUGCGCUCUCACUUCCAAUGUUCCAGCUGUGCAAGCUCACUGACUCAUUGUUCAUCAGUAAUUCCCGGUCGGCCUGUGAUGACAAACUCCUUUCGGGAGAGGGGGUGACGUUUUGCAUCAACGUGUCGAGGCAGCAGCCCUUCCCGGCACUGAGGGUUGGCACCUUGCGAGUCCCCGUCUUCGACGACCCAGCCGAGAACCUCUUCAAGUACUUCGACAGGUGUGCCGAUGCGAUUGAAGGCGUCAACCGGGAAGGCGGCAGGACCCUCGUGUACUGCAAGAAUGGCCGCAGCCGAUCGGCCUCCAUCUGCACCGCCUACCUCAUGAAGUACAGGUGCCUCUCCCUCCGGGAAGCAUUCGAGCACGUGAAGUCAAUAAGGCCAACUGUGGAGCCCAAUGAAGGUUUCUGGGUCCAACUUCAAAGGUAUGAAGGUGAUCUUCAGUCCAGACAGAUUGGAACUAAUUCUUCAACCAAUGGAUAAAUACUUCAGGAUGGACACCCGCCCUGCACUGAGAUAGUCUCUUUGAGAUCUGCCUUACUGAUAUAGUUCCUGGCACUGCAAGUCGCCAAUUAUGCAGCCUUAUUUUAUUCACAGGUUUACUCUUUGAAAAGAGAUAUUGUUUAGAUUGUAUCUGGCUACAGUACGUCAUGGUAGUGUGCUUCUACCAUCAAUAAUUUCAGCUUUUAAGAUCCUGCGCCACUACAGAUCGAAAAUAAUGGAAGAUAUUUGGGAAUGAAAAAUUUGGACGAAGAGCUUGCCCGGAAAAGUUGCUGGACAAGAGAAGGAAUGUAGAUACAAGGAACUACAGAUGUUGGAAUCUUGCAUCGAACACAAAGUGCUGGAGUAACUCGGCAGAUCAGGCAGCAUCUCUGCAGGACAUGGAUAGGCGAUGUAUCACUUCGGGACCCUUUUAUCAGACUGAUUGUAAUGGGGGACACAAAGGUGGAGAAGUGAUAGGGGCAGGACAAAGUCUCCUUUUGUCACCCUUUUGUCUUCUUAUCAUCUCUAGCUUUUGUCCAUUUAUCUGCCAAUGAAAAACCCUCCCCAUCUGUAUCCAAUUGUAUUCGGGUCAAGACU